GCAUCUAAACAUACUACCGGAAUACUUUCAUCUCUAUCAAGUCAUGUGCACGCAAAUUGAGAGAAAGCCUUCAGCAUCAUGAAAUGACACACUGCUACUUGAUUUAUGAUAUAAGACAAGCUAUUCGAUGAUGAUAUAAUACUACUUAACUACUAUUUAACAGUCCUUCGGUCGUACAGCCACUUCACGUAGAAAACAUUUAGUUUUUACCGAUAUAGCUACUGUUUAUUUAUUUUCGUUCAAAAGAUUAGAUUUAAAAUGAAAUUAGCAACUUUGGCGAUUUCUUUUGUUAUACUUUGCCCAGUUGUGGCGCCACCGCCUUUAGACGUUGAAUUGAGAGCGAAAAAGGAGUUUUAUGAUCAAAUGAAAGACAGUAAAGAGGACGUUUUGGAUGUAUUUGGUGACAAUCUUAUUCCAGACUCUAUAGAAGAUGUGAUCGAGGAUUCAAAUACAGAAGAUCCGAUUGAGCUUAAAAGCGAUGAAUCUAGCGAAUUUGUUCCCGUAUCGAUACCUAGUAAAUUUGAUAAAUACGAUUCCAAUGAGGACGAUUUCAUCGAUGAAGGAGAACUCAUCGCCAUCAUUGGAGUCACAGAAAAUGAAAACUUUGCUUUUAAAGCGGCGGAUAAUGAUGGCGAUGGAAUGCUUUCGCGUGAUGAAUUUGAAAAUGGGCCAUGGGAUCUUGACAGUGGAGAUGUAGAUUUAUCUGACGACGAUAAUUCAGACAACAAAUUAGAAGACUCUACUGAUGAUGUUAAAGAAGAUUUCAUUGACUUUGAUGACGAUGAAUUUGAAAAUAUUUUGGAAAAUCAAAUAAGUGAUGACGUGAAAAGUAACGAGAUCGACAGUAAUAAUAUUGAUGAAAUUAUUGAUGGCGUAAAAGAUAAAGUUGAAGUAAUGAAUGAUAUCGCUGAUGAAAUCAAAGAUAAUAUGACUGACGAUGACAAUAAGAUCAUCGUCAACCGCGAAACUGAUGAAAUUGAUGAAAUUAUUGAUGAUGUAAAAGAUAAAGUUGAAGUAAUGAAUGAAAUCGCUGAUGAAAUCAAAGAUAAUAUGACUGACGAUGACAAUAAGAUCAUCGUCAACCGCAAGGCUGAUGACAGAAAGGACGAUAAAGGAGAUGAUAACUAAUGUUGAUUCCAAAAAUAAAUAAAUUAAAAACACAAA